UGUCAGAAACGUCAAAUAUUUAUUUAGUAUUUUGUGUUAUUAUGCUGAAAAAGUCUAUUUGUAUAUUUAAUAAUUAACGUAUUGAAGAUCAUUCAUGUUUUUAAUAUGCCUCAAUUCAAGGAUAAAGCGGAUAGUCCAACCUCGAGAACUAUCCAUAUUAAUCCACAUUUUAACAAGCAAAUUCAUCCAAUGGCGAAUUGCGCAGCAAAUGCAGUAAUAAGCAAAACAAUGUCAUCUGGUGCUCACAUCAACCCACUGUUUUUGGGUGUUUAUAGACCACCAGCAAUACAUAUGAAUCCGAACUUUUUCAAUAGUAAACUCAUUGAACAACAAAAACUGAAAUUAAAUUAUGGCGUAAAUCAUUCCGAAAAAGUGAAGUUAGUAACCAAAAAUACUCCGAUUAAAAAAAAUCCAUCAAAAAAUUUGCUUCUUCAUGGAGAAAUUAUCGACCUAUGCGGUGAAUCUGACCAGGAAGUGGAAAAAUCAUCUUUAAAUACUAAAUCAAAUAUAUUACCAGUAAGUAAAGACCCAAAACAAAAAAUUAUAACCAAAUCACGCACAAAAAUAGUUCGUGAACCAGCGGUAAUUACAACAACAAAAGUUAUGCCUGUGCCAUCGCCGCUCAUACGUUUAAGUAGUAAAAAGUUAGUAAGAAGAACGCAUACGACUUCAGGUGCUAGUUUAUUACGUAAUAUCACUCCCGCCUCUCCAAAAAGCACACAUGGAAAGUACAAACUAGAUCGACGGCCAGGUUUGCCUUUAGCAACAACGGCAGGUGUAAAACUAAAACGGAAGAGUUUUGUGGCACGCUAUGCUUUGCAGCGCUCAAAUUCUGAAACAAAAAAUGCCAUAACCUCCUCUAAGCUGCGAUCACUGCCUGUCAACAAAAAAUUGCAAAUGCUUAAUAUAAAUGGUGUGUUGUACCGAUCCACCCGCAAUAAAUUACAAAGAAAGGACUCUAGCAAUGCGUCAAAUCUUUUGUCACCAGCAAGAGUAUCCUCUCUAAGCGUAAAAACUAAUUCCAUUAAAAACAAUCAAAAGCCCAUCAAAACGGCAAACGAGCGUGUGCUAUUUGUUCAUGGAACAAAAUUUGUUUUAGAUAAGAAUGGUUUCAAACUAACCCGUAUUGCACCUACCACCAAGGACAACGUAACGGGUACACCAAAGCCUACAAUACCCGCUCAAAGACAACGCCAGCGUAUAGACAUUGGUGGUUUAACCUACAUAGCUUCCACAACGCAAAACGUUUUCGUGCGGACGCGCAACCAUUUGGCCUUGGCACAUCUGAAUACGGCGAAGAAUCGUAGCCUGCAGUUACUCACACGUCGUUUCGUCAAAACCAAUGUACCAUGUGCCAUUUUCCAACGCAUAGGCAAAUGUAUAGCGCAUGAAAGAGGGAAGUGCAACAAAGUGCAUGAUAAGAACCAAGUUACUAUCUGCCCAAGAUUUCUACGUAGUGAAUGCCACAACUCAAAUUGUUUGCUUUCACAUAACGUUUCGCUUGCGAAAAUGCCAGUUUGUAAAUUCUUUCUACAGGGUGUUUGCGUGCGCCCAGACUGUCCAUAUCUACAUAAAAAGCUUAGCGUAAACGCAGAAAUUUGCCAGGAUUUCCUACGGGGUUAUUGCAAGUUAGCGGAGCAGUGCAACAAGCGUCAUGAAUUCUUGUGUCCUGAAUACGAGCGUAAUGGUAGCUGUGACUUGGCGGGUUGUGUGUACUGCAAGAAUCGCAAACGAAAACUUUUAAAUGAGCCAACAAAACAGCAAAAUAAACAAGUGAACAGUGCUGCAGCAAAAGAAGUUGCUGUUCCAAGCACGCAAGAGAAUUCGGGCAUAGCAAAGCGUUAUUUCAUUGACAGAUGUUUAAACGCAAAUGCAACAACAACAUGUGAUAUGACGGUAAAAGAUGAGGACGCUGAAAAGCAAGAGAUUGAUACACAUUCGGAAGAGCUGGAUUCUGAUACUGAAAUGCCUUCAGCACCUAUGCGCCCCAAAGUCGGCGCGUUGCCUGCCUUCAUACCGCUCUUGUAGAAAUUAAAAAUAAAUGAUCAAACUACUAAAAGGCUGGGAAGUUAUUAAAAUUUU